AUGAGCGCUCAACAGCCCCUCUCCUCCACCAACUCAUCCUCAGCGACAAACAACACCACGUCUACCGCUGUUGACAGCCAAGAUGCCUCGGGACGACAGCCCUCCUCCUCCGCCGCCGGUUCCUCCGAACUCUCCAGUGCAAAGAUAAGCCUGCGCAAGUCGCUGCGUAGCUUCCCCGACUUCCCUAUUCCGGGAAUCAACUUUGUCGAUAUUAUGCCUCUUUUUGCCGACCCAGCCGCCCAUGCCACUCUUAUCGACGCUCUCGUGCUCCAGACCACUGAGGCUUUCCCUACCAAGCCUGAUGUUAUCGUUGGUCUUGAUGCUCGUGGCUUCCUUUUCGGCCCUGGUCUUGCGCUCCGUCUCGGUGUUCCUUUCGCUGCUGUGCGCAAGCAGGGCAAGCUCCCUGGACCUUGCGUUACCGCCGAGUACAUUAAGGAGUAUGGCAAGGACCUGUUCCAGAUGCAGGAAGAUGCCGUCCGUGAGGGCCAGAAGGUCCUUGUUGUGGACGACAUCAUCGCUACUGGUGGUUCUGCAAAGGCUGCGGCUGAACUUGUUGAGCAGCUCAAGGGUGAGGUUAUGGGAUACUUGUUUAUUCUUGAAAUCCCUGGCCUCAACGGCCGUGAUAAGCUUGGUGCUGCUCCUACCAAGAUCCUUCUCGAUGAUGCUUAG